UUGCUCCCUGUCCUCCCUCUCCAUCACCUCUUUCACUAUCACCCCCCUCUCCAUCAUUUCUUGCUCCCUCUCCUCCCUUUCUAUCAUCUCCCGGUUCUUCCUCUCCUGCUCUCUAUCUCCCUGUCCACCAUCUCCUGGACCUUCAUGUCCCUCUAAAUCAUCUCCUGGUCCCUCUCCUCCCUCUCCAUCACCUCCUUGUCCAUCACCUCCCUCUCCCUCUUCUCUUGCUCCCUUUCCUCUCUCACCAUCGUCUCCUGGUCCUUCCUCUCCCUGCCCUCUUCUUCCUCUCCCCCCUCUCCAUCCCCUCCCCUUUCCCCCCGCCGGGACGGGGCGGGUGGAGCCUCGGGAGCGGCGGGAUCGAAGGGCGAUGCCGUACCUGCUCAUCAGCACCCAGAUCCGCAUGGAGGUCGGCCCCACCAUGGUGGGAGAUGAGCAUUCGGAUCCCAGCCUGAUGAGCUUCCUGGGGGCCACAAAGAGGAACAUGCUGGGGAACCACUUCUGGGAGUACUAUGUGAACGACGCUCCGCGGGUUGUCCUGAACAAGCUGGAGAGUUGUGGAUACCGGGUGGUCAGCAUGACUGGCGUGGGCCAGACGCUGGUGUGGUGCCUCCACAAGGAACAAUGAGGAAAUUUUUGGAGCUCCUCCUGGACAAGAUCCUGGUGGGAAUCAAACCACACAGGACUGACAGCAAAUUCUUCCCUUUAAGCCCUUUCUGUCCCAGACUCCAGGCCCUUGGGCAUAGGGGGAGGAGUGGUGUAGGGGGAAAACUGACCCAAUGUCAACUCCCACCCCUGCUGUUUCACAAGCCCAGAGGGAGGAAUAUGCCCAGUCCAGAAGAAAUCACAGUUCUACCCCCAUGUUCCUCCGAGCGGCAGCCUGGCGAACGCCGUCUCUUUACAUUUGAAUCAUCUCCUGUUUAGCACACAUGAGGAAGGUCAAACGAAACCUGUCUGCCUGUUCCUUGGGGCUGCCCUGGGGAGACAGGCGCUGAGCUGCGGCAGCUCCAGGCAUGCCUUCUCCCAGACCAUGGGGUCAGGGAAGGGAAGCCACGCAUGGAUCGCACACUAUCCCAUCCCUGAAAUGGAAGCGAGAGCUGCUAAACCCACCCAGAUCUCCCUGAGAAUCCCUCACUCGGCAGCAAGGCCAGUUUCUCUCCCAGACAGGGUUGUGGUCAGCAGCACCAUUAGGCUGUCAGCCCCGAGCGAGCCAUUCCACACAAUGCGUCGCUCCUUGGAGCGGCACAGAAAGGUCUCGUCAGCAUUCCGGUACGGGCUCUGUCAUCUGAACAGCAGCGGCUGCAAUGCAGGGACGUCUGGGACUGCGCAUCAAUCCUGCCGUGGGGGUAACACCAAUAAAACAUUUCUCUGAAGAAACCGACGGCUGUCUGUGGGUUCUUUUAAAGCCUUCUGGGUCCCCAGCUCCCGAACACGCUGUCAGGAAUGAACAGCAGCUCCCAGGCUUGGUGUUCCGAU